AUGGCUUCUCGAUCUCUGCCCUCGACCCCCAAGGCCGCUGCACCUGUCAGUAUUCCUGCCUCGGCGGGGUCAGAUACUCCUGGAAAGUGGCGCCAUCCCCAGCUGGGCGAGGUCGUCAGACGCCAGAAUGCGUCGACCUUCGAUGAUAAGAACCUGAGGAGGCUGGUCUCGAACGCCGGUGCUUUGGUCGUGACUUGGGUUUAUGGCAGUACCUUCAAGAGCUACAUGCGUCACGUUUUCGAUCCCGAGAAUCACCCUGUGUACCAUCACCUCCCACUGCUGCUCGUGCAGCUGUUCUUCGCCUUCAACAUCUUCAUCGCUCUGUACCCUCUCUUUCGGCGCAAGGACGACUUCUCCGAUAUCCCCCUGACCCCGAACCAACGUGCGCUUCUUGGCCUGGAUCCCAACGCGACCCCGCCUGCGACACCUGGAACAACGUAUGUGACCCCGCCGCGGUACCGAGUGUCUACCUCGCGCAAGGCGAGUCCCGCGAGCGCGAAUGGCCACAGUCCGUCAUCUCCGCUUUCCGCGACCCCCGGUCUCUCGGGGCGCCGAGUCUCUUCCGGUCCUUUCUCGCCAGCUUCGAGUCCGCUUUUCCAUAAGGCAGUUUCCAAUGAGAAUGUUGCUCGGGGAAGUGUCCGCAGACAGAGCAUUGGGUCUUCUUCCCCUCUUGCGCGCAGCAAUUCCUUUAGCAACUCAUUGGGCAAUUCUGGAAACUCUUUCGGCAACUCCUUCGGUAACUCCUUGGGUGCCUCCUGGGCACCUCCUUUGGAGAAUCGAGCAUGGGCCCGAGCAGCCCUUCUCCUCUUGCCGGCAAGCGACAGAGCUUGGGGCUUAGCAACAAAUGGCUUUAUGAGCGCAGCCGGCGGCUAUCUGCCGGCAACGGUACUCUUUGAUUUUUGA